CUGCGCGCUCGGCAGUGCGGGGAAGCGCCGCGGGAAGGAGCGGCUCUGAGCAACAGGUGCAGCCCGCAGCCGCUCCGGGAGCGAGAGAAAACGGCCGGCGAAGAUCUGGACCAGUAAGGCGGAGAGAAGGGUCUCUCCACCUGCGCGGCUGCAGCCGGCGGAUCCUCCUUCCCAGGCUCCGUGGUCGCGCAGCGGGCGGAGGCGCCCGGGUAGGGGACCCAGGGCUCUCAAGACCACCGUCCCUUCCCGAGAAGGUCCAGCUCCAGGCUCCCGUCCACGCCCUCUCGCAGAAGGUCGCGGCGCAAAGACGGUGCCUUCAGGCACGGCCACCGGAUCCCUGCGCCCGCUGGCGCGCGCCUCAGGGGAAGCUCAGACUCCUAAACUCGCGCUCUCCGUGCUCUGCGCCGGGACUACCGGCCACCCCCGGCGCCUACUUUCCUGCCAGGCACCCGCCCUCCCUCCCCGCGCGCCCCGCCACUAGCCCGGGCAGCCCCGCGGGCCAUGGAGCUGGCGGUCGGGAACCUCAGCGAGGGCAACGCGAGCUGGCCGGAGCCCCCAGCCCCGGAGCCCGGGCCGCUGUUCGGCAUCGGCGUGGAGAACUUCGUCACGCUGGUGGUGUUCGGCCUGAUCUUCACGCUGGGCGUGCUGGGCAACAGCCUAGUGAUCACUGUGCUGGCGCGCAGCAAGCCGGGCAAGCCGCGGAGCACCACCAACCUGUUCAUCCUCAACCUGAGCAUCGCCGACCUGGCCUACCUGCUCUUCUGCAUCCCCUUCCAGGCCACGGUGUACGCGCUGCCCACUUGGGUGCUGGGCGCCUUCAUCUGCAAGUUCAUACACUACUUCUUCACCGUGUCCAUGCUGGUCAGCAUCUUCACCCUGGCCGCGAUGUCAGUGGACCGCUAUGUGGCCAUCGUGCACUCGCGGCGCUCCUCCUCCCUCAGGGUGUCCCGCAACGCACUGCUGGGCGUAAGCUGCAUCUGGGCGCUGUCCAUCGCCAUGGCCUCGCCCGUGGCCUACCACCAGGGCCUCUUCCAGCCGCGCGCCAGCAACCAGACUUUCUGCUGGGAGCAGUGGCCUGACCCUCGCCACAAGAAGGCCUAUGUGGUGUGCACCUUCGUCUUCGGCUACCUGCUGCCGCUCCUGCUCAUCUGCUUCUGCUAUGCAAAGGUUCUUAAUCAUUUGCAUAAAAAGUUGAAGAACAUGUCAAAGAAGUCUGAAGCAUCCAAGAAAAAGACUGCGCAGACCGUUCUGGUGGUGGUCGUGGUGUUUGGAAUCUCCUGGCUGCCGCACCACAUCAUCCAUCUCUGGGCUGAGUUUGGAGUUUUCCCGCUGACCCCGGCUUCCUUCCUCUUCAGAAUCACCGCCCACUGCCUGGCGUACAGCAAUUCCUCCGUGAAUCCUAUCAUAUACGCGUUUCUCUCUGAAAAUUUCAGGAAGGCCUAUAAGCAAGUGUUCAAGUGUCGCAUUCGCAAAGAUUCACAUCUGAGUGAUAAUAAAGAAAAUAAAAGUCGAAUAGACACCCCACCAUCAACCAAUUGUACUCAUGUGUGAUAAAAGAUAGAGUAUCCUUAUGGUUGAGUUUCCAUGUAAGUGGACCAGGCACAGAAACAAACAGAAUAUGCUAGUGAGCAAUGCUGCACCUUGUUAUCUUAACAACAAUUCUAGUCAUUUUAAUUAAAUCCCACCUGUGUUAAAAAGUACUUUGAUCCAUUUAGGAAAUUCCUAGGUCUAGUGAGAAUUAUUUUUCAGUUUUAUUUUAGUUCUAAAUUACGUUUCAGAAACAAAAGACAAUGCUGCAUAGUUUUGUUCCUCUUCAGAAAUGAAAGCUGAGUAGAAUUCCGCAGAUAAUGUUCAGCUCUUCAUAGAUUGAGAACUGGCCUGUCAAUAUGGUCAGGAAUAUUUGCAGUCUCCAUUUUAAAGCAAAUUUAUUUAGAAAAAAAAUUUGAGCUUUAAGUCUUUAAGAGAAGUAAUAUUGUGAACUCUGUAUUUUAAAAUAUGAUCAUGGACAUACAGUGAUGAAUUUUUGGCCAUUUGCAUAGACACAUCUAUGAAGUGGAAAGAAGGCUUUCUGAAGUCUGUUUGCACAGAUGGUGUUUGCUUCCAAUUGUAGCUAGUGUACAGAGCUUUGGAAGCCUGUCGUUAUACCUCAGGAGUCAAUUCAGGGUUGUGGUGAUGACCUGGGUUACAGUAGUAGGCACUGUUGAUUCAAAUUUAUCCUGUGAAAUUAGGCUUUAUAGAGUUAACAAAACAGAGUCAGCGACUACUGUCUCAAUAGUGGAAGAUGCAAGUAAGUUUUUGAGAAUAAAACUGAGUUUUGAAAUUUUAUGUAAGUACUUGACGAAAGUUUUCAUUUUGCCUUGAAUGGAACCUACUAAAAAGAGAGAUGAAAAAAAAAAAAAACCAGUGAGGUUGAUGUAGAUAAUAAUUUCUAUGGGACCAAAGACUAGACAGAAUUCAGUAAGUCAUAUGAAGUAAUGGUCAUGCCUAUCGAUAAAGCAUAUUUCAUGUUUGAUUUAGAUGACAUUCAAAAAAACCAUGGGACUGAAUAUACCUAGGGGUAUCCUAUCUUGUACAAAUGCAUGCGUUUUCAUUACAUUUGUAAUCAUGUUUAAUGCACAUUUCCACCAAAUAUUAUUUCCUCUAAAAAUGUUAACUUGGGGUUAAAACUAUCACCACUUGAAUUUCAAAUGUCGUUUUCAUAACAAUUUUAUAUUGAUGUGUGUUUACAAUGAGAAAAUGGCAUGAAAAUAUUAAAUUAUCUUGUAUCGGAAAAGUACUUUUCAGACUGUAAGACUUUGAUACGUUUUAGGAGGAAGCAAAAGCAAGAAUUUUUGUUUGUUUGUUUGUUUGCUAAAAAGGAUUUGGCUAGGCACAGUGGCUCAUGCCUGCAAUUCCAGCACUUUGGGAG